AUGGGAUUUACCAGACUUAGGAGUCCUACCACAUACAUUAUAAGUACUAUUUUACCUUUAAGUUUGUUCUCGAUUACUGGUCAUGUGUUUUCUAGUAUGGCUACAAGUAUAGUUCCCGUUAGUUUUGUGCAUACUAUAAAGGCUCUCUCACCUCUGUUCACAGUAAUUUUCUAUCGAUUUGGUUUUAAAGUUAAUUAUUCUUAUCCAGUAUAUAUUUCUUUAAUGCCACUUACUAUUGGAGUAAUGCUCGCUUGUUCUUCCUCUUCGACGGCAAAUUUUAUUGGUUUUCUUUUCGCAUUGAGUUCAACCGUUAUUUUUGUUGCUCAGAAUAUUUUUUCAAAAAAAUUACUUUUCAAAGGUCAUUCAAGUUUUGAAAAGCGCAAACUUGAUGAACUUAAUGUAUCGUUUUAUUCUAGUCUAAUGGCAUUUUCCUUUAUGACUCCAAUUUGGCUAUACUACGAUGGUUUUCCUUUACUCAUUGAACAAUUUUGGUCAUAUCGCAUUCCUUCUCACUCUUCAUUAAAUGGUUGGACUAUUGCUUUUUAUUUUUGGCUUAAUGGUACCUCACAUUUUGCUCAAAAUAUAUUGGCACUAUCAAUUUUAUCUAUUACUUCCCCCGUUACAUAUUCAAUUGCUUCAUUAGUAAAACGAAUUUUUGUUAUUACGGCAAGCAUAAUAUGGUUUGGUCAAAGAACUACUUUUGUUCAAGGUAUAGGAAUUGUUCUUACUUUCAGUGGUUUAUACAUGUAUAAUCGAGCAAGAAGAGAUGUGGAAAAAAAGGAGAAAAGUGCAAGAGAAAAGGAAGAAAUAGUGCUACCGAUAUCAAGAUCGGAAAUAAGUUUGAUUUAA